AUGCGGAGGCUUAUUUUCUUUCUAUCAUCUUCAUCAAUUCUAACACAAACAACGCGCCAUCGAGCACUGUUCCUUCGGCUUUCUCAGUUUCUCUUCCGUUCUAUCUUCUGCAUCGACAUCUUAAUCCUCCUAAUAUGGCAGUUUUGGCUCAUCUCCAUCAGUCUUCCCAAAUUCCAUCUCGAAACGAUAACCAUAUCCAACUUCCAUGAGGCACAAACUGCGGGUGAUUUGGACGUCCAUUUCAUCCUUCGCAACCCAAAUUUGAAAGUUACUCUUCACUACGAUGGAAUCCAAGCUGCUGUCUGGUAUUGGCAUAUACUUUUAGAUAGGAGUAGUGUGCCAGGUUUCGUGCAGGGACCCAAGAAUAAGACUGCAAUUAGGACCAGAUUUUCUUCUUUCCAUGGGUUUAACGUUGAUGGGGAGAGUAAGAGUGGUCAUGUGGUGAUAAAUUUUGAUUUUAGGAUGAUGGCUACGUAUCGGCCUAGUGCUUGGGGGGCUAAACGGAAGUCCUUCAAGGUUUAUUGCCAUGGCUUACAGGUGGAUGUUUCUUUAAAAAUUCAUGGUGGAAAAAUGAUCGGUGGUUGGAAGAACUGUAUGGCCGACGGCGUUUUCUUUUCCGUCAAUUCACCUCAUUUUGGAAUAUUUAAUGAUCAUCAAUAG